AUGACGUCUACUGAAAUACAAUCACAUUCGAUACCGAAAUUAGCCAAUGUUGAACACUGGAGGGAGGUUGAAAAAUCCUUCCCACCUUUGAAAAAUGAUCUGUUACUUCGGGCUGCGAAAGGUGAAGAAACCGAACGUGCACCUGUAUGGGUCAUGAGACAGGCUGGAAGGUAUUUACCUGAAUUCCUUGAAGUGCGUAAAUCACAUUCAUUCUUUGAAUGUUGUCAAACACCUUCAAUAGCAUCUGCAUUAACACUUCAACCUAUCGAUCGAUAUUCAUUACUUGACGCCAGUAUAAUCUUCUGUGAUAUAUUAGUCGUGCCUCAAGCUAUGGGAAUGACAGUAUUAAUGGAACCUUCUAAAGGACCUGUAUUACCUCAACCAUUAUUAUCACCUUCAGAUCUCGACAGACUCAAUAAAAACGUCGACGUCCAAAAAGAAUUGGGGUACUUAUUCGAAGCCAUCACUUUGACUAGAAAAGGUCUAAAUGGAAGAGUACCAUUGAUCGGAUUUUGCGGUGCUCCAUGGACUUUAAUGGCUUAUAUGUGUGAAGGUGGUGGAUCGAAAACUUUCGAAAGAUCUAAAUCUUGGUUAUACAAAUAUCCAGAAGAAGCAAAACAAUUGUUAAGAAGAAUAGCAGAUGUUUGUGCGGAAUUAUUAGUCGGUCAAGUAUUAGCUGGUGCACAGAUGUUGCAAGUAUUCGAUUCAUGGGCUGGUGAAUUGACACCAUAUCAAUACAAGGAAUUUGCUUUACCACCUUUGAUCCAUAUUUCACACAAAGUCAAAUCCAUCUUAAAAUCAUUAGAUCAUCCUGGAGUAGCCAUCACUUUGUUCGCUAAAGGAGCCAAUGCACCUUCCACAUUGAGAUUGAUAUCUGAUCCCAAUGUGACCGGAUAUGAUACUUUGGGAUUAGAUUGGACGGUCGAUCCAAUUGAAGUGAGAGAAUACGUCGGUAAAAAAGUGAAUCUACAAGGUAAUUUCGAUCCAACAGUCUUAUAUGGUGGUAAAGAAGGAAUCGAAAAAGAAAUUCAAAGAGCGAGUACAAAUUGGAAAAAGGCAGGUGGUGGUUGGAUAGCUAAUUUAGGUCAUGGUAUAACACCAAAUGUCAAACCUGAAGAUAUGGGUUGGUUUUUGGAAUGUGUACACAAAUACUCAAAGAGGGAUUAG